GUUCACAACAUGUCCUUGGAGAUGUCUCGGACCGUUUUGUUUCUGGGGGUGCUGGCGCUGGCGAGCGCCGGAGGGGCAGCCGCGGCAGAACAGGUGCUUUAUGGGAAACCCGUCCGCAGCGAGAAGACCUUCUUGAUAGAGGGGAGAUACUCUGGGAGGAAGCGGCCCAGCCUGAAGGCUAUAGGAGAAAUGCGCAGGAGUAUGGAUUUAGGGGCCCUCGACCUGGAACCCAUGUCAUCCACCAACGGCAAGAGCAGCUUCCCCACCAUGGUGCAACUGUACCCGCCCACCACGGAGAAGGUGUACCAGCCCAUCGCCGAACCCGUCCACCUCAAAGCCAAACUGCCGCUGCGCUUCGGAAGACAGAGUGAGCCGUCGAUCGAAAGAAGUCUGAAGUCCACCCCAAACCUGCCGCAGAGGUUCGGAAGAGCAUGCGCAGAAUGUCCUGACGUCGACAACGCUCUGUGGCCGGCCAGCACGCCGCAGUAUUGGCUCAGCGUCAUCAACAGGCCCUACUACCGCUACCAUUUUAGACGGCCUGGCUUCGGCUGGUACUGACCUAAAGACUUUCAGACGACUAUCAAAAGGAAAGAACAGUUAUCUCUGACGAUACAGACGACGGCUUCAAUGUCAACAUACAUACGAAGUGUUUCUACUGCUUAAAUGAACAGCUUCGUAUUCAGAAGGCCUUUUAUUCAAGUUUGAACAUUUUCUUUCCUGUAUAAAAUGAAUAAAUAUUAAAAAUGAUUACGCAUUG